CUUCCCUUUGCCAACGCCCUUCUCGAUCCUCGCACCCAAUCUCCCCUCCUCUUGAACCCGAGUGAUCGAGGCCGCCUCGUCCGCCGACUCGUCCACUCUCGCAAGAUGCUUCCCGCCUCGCGAUCCGCGGCCGCAAUGGCCCUCCGAGUCAAGCCCUCGAUGGCCAUUGCCCCCUUCAGAACCACCGCCGCCGCCUUCUCGACCAAUUCUCGUCGCGAUGCCAGUGCCCUGCAGACCCAUUCGGCCUCGUCGGGUCUUGCCAAGGUCCGCAAGGAGGUCCCUCUUCCCAGUGAGGAGGGUACCAAGAGCGUCAUCCAAUACGCCCUUACCACCCUCGAUGUGAUAGCCAACUGGGCUCGUCAGUCCUCACUCUGGCCCAUGACCUUCGGUCUUGCCUGCUGCGCCGUCGAGAUGAUGCACCUUUCCACCCCACGAUACGAUCAGGAUCGUCUCGGUAUCAUUUUCCGAGCUUCUCCCCGACAGUCCGACGUCAUGAUCGUUGCCGGCACCCUCACCAACAAGAUGGCUCCCGCCCUCCGACAGGUCUACGAUCAGAUGCCCGACCCCCGCUGGGUCGUCUCCAUGGGUUCUUGUGCCAACGGUGGAGGUUACUACCACUACAGCUACAGCGUCGUCCGCGGCUGCGACCGUAUCGUCCCCGUCGACGUCUACGUCCCCGGAUGCCCCCCCACCAGCGAGGCCCUCAUGUACGGCAUCUUCCAGCUCCAGCGCAAGAUGCGCAACACCAAGAUCACCCGCAUGUGGUACCGACGAUGA